AUGGGUGAUGGGAGUUCGACAACAACCAUUGAUACUAUCAAUGUUCCGCCACCACCACCACUUACCUCUCCACCACCAACAUCUACCAUUCCACCCACAUCCAUAGCAGCUGUAUCACAAAAUUUUCAAGCGGAAUUUAAUACAGAAGAAAACGAUGUGCUUGAUAAUGCCAUCAUGUCUGGUAAACAAUUCAAGAUUCUCAAUUCUAAAAUGAAUUCCAUUCUUCAAUUUCUGAAUGAUAGUGUUGGGAAGUCAUUUGUUAGCGGGUUUGAGGUCAAAUAUAUGUUAAAGUCUCAAGAGUCUUGCAUAAGGACUCUACUUGAAGAUGUUGAUAAACAUAUUGAUGAAAUGUUGGCUACUCAUUUUCUUAGUUUUGAUUAUGAACUUAUGGAAUUACAAGAUGCUACUCGUGAGCGUCAUGUGAUACUUGACAAGCUAGUGACUCAUUCAAAGGAGUCAAUUUAG